GGUAAUCCCUCCCGCUGAAAUCGCGUCUGAUCCUGGCUGUCGCUGCGAGCCCGCUGAGACCGUCUGUUUCCGUACAGUGAGCAUUUAGCCGUCCCGCUUAUUUGUGGAACUCAAACACCUUAUCUCGAAAACAAAGGUCUGAAGUCCUUUUUGGGCGCCCACUUUUGGAACAGCACAAUGCAAAGACUGGAGAUUUUGAAGGAGACUUUCUUUGGCUUGGGUGUUGUCCAGCAGCAGCUAUUAAUCGGGUCUGCGGUUGCAGCAGGUGGAAUAUUGACAUACAUAGUAUUCAAAAGGAAAAAAGCAAAAACUAUUCCCCUCGGGGAAGGAUGGUGGGGAGCAGGAGAGAAGACACGGUCAGAAGAUCAGAAAAUCUACCCUUUUCAAGUGCAGACCUCAGACAAAGAGAUUAAGGAUCUCUAUGAGCGCAUCGACAGGACACGCUAUGCUGAGCCUUUAGAAGAUAGCAGGUUCCACUAUGGCUUCAAUUCCACUUAUCUGAAGAAAGUGGUUUCCUAUUGGAGGCAUGAGUUUGACUGGAAAAAGCAGGUGGCUGUGCUCAACAAGUACCCACACUUCAAAACCAAAAUAGAAGGACUGGACGUGCACUUCAUCCAUGUGCGUCCACCGCACCGCGAGAAUCAGAAGGUUCUGCCUCUCAUGCUCAUUCACGGCUGGCCCGGCUCCUUCUAUGAGUUCUACAAGAUUCUGCCGCUUCUCACUCAGAGCCGCGAUGGCAUUGUGUUUGAGGUUGUAUGUCCAUCCAUCCCUGGCUACGGUUUCUCAGAAGCCCCUCACAAACAAGGGUUCAACAGCCUCUCUGCUGCCCGAAUUUUCCUGACACUGAUGGAGCGUUUGGGGUUCUCUCAGUUCUAUCUGCAGGGAGGGGACUGGGGCUCGCUCAUCACCACCAACAUGGCGCAGAUGAAGCCUCAAUGCGUAAAAGGUCUCCACCUAAACAUGUGUAUGUCAAAUAGGGGAUUCAAGGUGCUGAUGUCUAUGUUGAUCGGUCCUUAUCUGCCCUUCUUGGUGGGUUUAAGUCGGGAGGAUGUUCGCCGCUUGUUCCCAUUCUUUGAGAAGAAUGUCUGGGAGAUGCUGAGAGAAUCGGGCUACCUUCACAUUCAGGGCACUAAACCAGACACUGCAGGCUGUGCAGUGAAUGACUCUCCUGUAGGCUUGGCAGCCUACCUUCUGGAAAAGUUCUCCACCUGGACCGAUUUUAAGAACAGAGAUCUGGAGGACGGUGGGCUGGAGAGAAAAUUCAGCCUGGAUGAUCUCUUGACAAACGUCAUGAUCUACUGGACCACAGGCUCCAUCACUUCCUCCAUGCGCUUCUACAAAGAGAACUUUAAGAGUAAUCCUAACAACAGAGUGGAUGCCAAGACAGAGAUAUUUGUGCCCACUGGACUUGCAGCCUUCCCUAUGGAGCUCAUGCAUUGCCCUAAGUCGUGGGCACAAAUUAGGUAUCGAAACAUCUACUCCUACACUUUCAUGCCCAGAGGAGGCCACUUUGCUGCCUUUGAAGAGCCCCACCUGCUUGCUGACGACAUUUUCAAUUUUGUCAAGAAAGUGGAGAAGUUCUGAAGCCGUCAAUAAACUCUCUGACCAGUUAUGGCAUUUUUUUUUCUUUAUUAUUUCAAGCAGGAGACAUACAAAUUAUUUUUACAUUGAACCUUUCUACACCACAUUGCAUCUUACUGCUUGAUUUGUCACGUUCAUUUGCAAGUUUUGACAGAUGUAAACAUGCACACAGAUAAUACUGGCAUUCCUUUAUGUCACCAGCAUGGAUUAAAAAGUCUUACUCAUUAAAAAUGUAUUGCACUAA